UUCAACCCUUUAGUCAAUUGUAUUCUUUCAACCUGCUUGAGUCUCAAUAUUCGCAAGCGCAAAUCAAGUUUACAGAUUCAUUUGCUCUUCAAUCUUGACCAUGCUUUCCCAAGAGAUCCAAGAGGCUGUUGCUGCUCAUAAUGCCGCUCGUCAUGCUGCUCAGGGUGUGAAGCGUCCUGAUCUUGUCUGGGAUGAACGCCUUGCAGCUGAUGCACAGAAAUGGGCCGACCAUUUAGCCGCCACAGGCACUUUCCAACAUGAAGGCAUGCGAGGUGAGGGCGAGAACCUCUUCAUGCAGAUGGGAGGUGGACAUCAACCAUUAAAGAAAGGAGUCGAAGCCUGGAAUGAUGAGAAGCCACAUUAUCAUGGCGAGAAAAUUGCUGGGGGAAAUUUCUCGAGCUAUGGACAUUAUACGCAGGUCAUCUGGCCAACGACGACGCACGUAGGCAUGGCCAGUGCGACAGCGAAGAAUGGACAUCAGGUUAUUGUUGGGAGGUACUCACCUCCGGGAAAUUUCAGUGGGAAGACUGCUUUUGAGGCAUGAUCAUGGGUGGGA